AUGACGCUGAUUGUCAAUGUUCUUCUGGUUCUUCUACCAUUCUUUUGCCAUCUUCUCAUUCUCACCACCGAGCAGGACCGACCUUAUGGUAAUCAAACCUAUUUCAAUGAGAAAGGAACCUACAAAGACAAAAGUGCCUAUCAUACCAACCUCAAAACCCUUCUUUCCAAUUUCACCUUCAGCACAGCAGAUGACUAUGGCUUUUACAAUUCCUCGUACGGCCAACACCUUGACACAGUUUACAUGUCUAGACUCUGCAAAGGAGAUCUUACGCCAGAUGCUUAUAUUAAAAUGAUGAUUACCAUACGAAAACUAGGGAAGCCAUUGUUUAAGAAUCUUAUGAAAUCGAAGCAUAUGGGACUAAAGAUUAAUCUAUUUCCAAAAACGACGAAAAGAAGCUUGGCUUACCGCAUCCUAAGCUUCACACUCAAAUCUCAUUUGUCAAAUUUCAUUCAUUCCUUGAUGACAACUACAGCUACUAUUUUCUUGGCUCUAAUCUCUCUCCUUUCUCAUCUUCUUGUUCUUACCGCCCGGCCUGACUCCUCUUUUUACAAGUGUUUCAAUGAAAGGGGUAACUACACAAAACCAAGUGCCUACCACACCAACCUCAAUACCCUUCUUUCUAAUUUCACCUUUGACACCAAAAUUGACUAUGGCUUCUACAAUUCCUCUUAUGGUGAAAAACCCAACACAGUUAACGCACUUGGAAUGUGCAGAGGAGAUGUGAAGCCAGAUUCUUGUCGUAAUUGCCUCAAUAAUGCUACAAUCCUUCUCCCAAAGCAAUGUCCAUAUCAGAAGGAGGCAUUUGGAUACUAUAAUUUAUGCAUGUUUCGAUACUCAAGUCGUCAAAUGUCUGGGAUUUACCAAGACACUGAUUUUCACAACUAUACUAGCACUGAUACUAAUGCAGCAGAUGCAAACAAAUACAACAAUUUACUUAAUCAUCUAAUGCAAGCUCUGACAAACAAGGCUAGGGAUGGUAACUCUCAUCGUAAGGUGGCUGCCGGAAAUGCAACAGUUGAUCAAUCUCAAGUUGUGUAUGGCCUUGUUCAGUGCACCCCUGAUUUGAAUGGGCAAGAUUGCUUUGAUUGUUUGCAGGAUUCUCUUUUUUAUAUCCCAUAUUGUUGUCAGAACAAGGCCGGUGGGACGAUUAUCAAAUUGAGCUGCAAUAUUAGAUUUGAAAAUUUCUUAUUCUAUGAUCUUGCACAUGCCGAUUCAAUAAAAAUAACUCUCCCCUUUGCUCUUUCUCCAUCAACAAAUACUACUUCCCCACAAGGAAGUAGCAAUAAAUCAACAACUACCAUUGUUGUGUUGAUUGGUGCCAUUAUCGCCCUUCUCAUAGCAUUCUUUAUGGUUACAAGAAAGAAGAAAACCCAUGAAAUUGAAACUACAAUGAAGGAUGAUGAUGAAACUAAACUAGCUGAGAUUCUGCAAAUCGAUUAUAAUACCAUCAAGCUCGCAACUGAUAACUUCUCUGAUGCAAACAAGCUUGGACAAGGAGGAUUUGGGCCAGUGUAUAAGGUAUAAUAAAUUUGUUACUUGGAAGUUCAUAGUAUCAUUAUAUUGUUGAA